CCUCAACAGACGGACGCAAGCAUGGCGGCCUCCGGGGCUGCGGCUACUGACCUAGAGGUGGUCCGGGGCAAGCGCGCCGCCCUCUUUUUCGCGACGGUGGCCAUCGUGCUGGGGCUGCCGCUCUGGUGGAAGACCACGGAGACCUACCGGGCCCCUUUGCCUUACUCCCAGAUCAGUGGCCUGAAUGCCCUGCAGCUUCGGCUCAUGGUGCCUGUCACUGUCGUGUUUACCCGGGAGUCAGUGCCACUAGACAACCAGGAGAAGUUGCCCUUCACCGUUGUGCAUGAGAGGGAGAUUCCUCUAAAGUACAAAAUGAAAAUCAAAUGUCGUUUCCAGAAGGCCUAUCGGAGAGCUUUGGGUCAUGAGGAGGAAGCCCUGUCAUUGGGCACUGUGCAAGAGGCAGAAGCCAUGUUAUCUGAGCCCCAGGAACAAGCGGAGGGCUCCCUGACUGUGUAUGUGAUCUCUGAACACUCCUCACUUCUUCCCCAGGACAUGAUAAGCUACAUUGGGCCCAAGAGGACAGCAGUUGUGCGGGGCAUGAUGCAUCGGGAGGCCUUUAACAUCAUUGGUCGCCGCAUAAUCCAAGUAGCCCAGGCCAUGUCUUUGACUGAGGAUGUGCUUGCUGCUGCUCUGGCUGACCAUCUUCCAGAGGACAAGUGGAGCUCUGACAAGAGGCGGCCUCUCAAGUCCAGCUUGGGCUACGAGAUCACCUUCAGUUUACUCAACCCAGACCCCAAAUCCCAUGACGUCCACUGGGACAUCGAGGGGGCUGUCCGGCGCUAUGUGCAGCCCUUCCUGAAUGCCCUCAGUGUUGCUGGCAACUUCUCUGUGGACUCUCAGAUCCUUUACUAUGCAAUGUUGGGGGUAAACCCCCGCUUUGACCCAGCUUCCUCAAGCUACUACUUGGACAUGCACAGCCUCCCUCAUGUCAUCAACCCGGUGGAGUCCCGACUAGGAUCCAGUGCUGCCUCCCUGUACCCUGUGCUCAACUUUUUACUCUACGUGCCUGAGCUUGCCCACUCCCCCCUGUACAUUCAAGACAAGGAUGGGGUUCCAGUGGCUACCAACGCCUUCCACAGUCCCCGCUGGGGUGGCAUUAUGGUAUAUAAUGUUGACUCCAAAGUCUAUAAUGGCUCAGAGCUGCCAGUGAGAGUUGAGGUGGACAUGGUGCGAGUUAUGGAAGUGUUCCUGGCUCAGCUGCGGUUGCUCUUUGGGAUUGCUCAGCCCCAUGUGCCUCCGAAAUGCUUGCUUUCAGGGCCUAAGAGUGAAGGGCUAAUGACCUGGGAGCUAGAUCGGCUGCUUUGGGCUCGGUCAGUGGAGAACCUGGCCACAGCUACCACCACCCUCACCUCCCUGGCCCAGCUUCUGGGCAAGAUCGGCAACAUUGUCAUCAAGGAUGAUGUGGCAUCUGAGGUAUACAGGGCUGUAGCUGCAAUCCAGAAGGCAGCAGAGGAAUUGGCCUCUGGGCACCUUGCAUCUGCAUUUGUUGCCAGCCAGGAAGCUGUGACAUCCUCUGAGCGUGCUUUUUUUGACCCCUCGCUCCUCCACCUCCUUUAUUUCCCUGAUGACCAGAAGUUUGCCAUCUAUAUCCCACUAUUCUUGCCUAUGGCUGUGCCCAUCCUCCUCUCUCUGAUCAAGAUCUUCCUGGAGGCCCGAAAGUCCUGGAAAAAGCCUGAGAAGAUAGACUGAGCAGGAGAGCAUGUCAGUAGGAAGCUUUCCUAUCUGACCAAGGUGGGAGGUGUUAGAUUGAGAGGCACAUCUGUGGAGCUUGCCAGGAAUGACUGACUUAUCUCUAGCCUCCUCUGUUGGCUCUUCAGCAGCCAAAGUACAACACUCCGGGAUGGGUUCAUCCUUCCUUUACUUCCCAUUCUCCUGGUUCAAGUCCAGACCCUAAAAAAGCAUAUCAUCUGGGUCUCCAUAUCAGGCUUGAACUUCAAAGCCCCUGCCCAUCUACCUUUGGGGCAGGGGCAGGGGCAGCUUGUGCUUUUGCCUGUUUCUCAAUAUAGCACACUCCUGCACUGAGAGGGAGCAUUAGGGGAAAGCCCUGGGUUGGAUUCUAGCCUCCCCCCCUCUAUAUUUGUCUUUUUUUUCAAUGUUAAGAGACAUGGUCUCACUCUGUUGCCCAGGCUAGAGUGUAGUGGCAUGAUCAUAGCUCACUGCAGCUGAAACCUCUGGUUCAAGUGAUCCUCCACCCUCAGGCUGCUGCAUAGUGGGGACAACAGGGGCACACCACCACACUGAGCUAACUUAAAAAAAAUUUUUUUUUUUUUGUAGAGAUUAGAUCUAUGUUGCCCAGGCUAGUCUUGAACUCCUGGCCUCAAGCAAUUCUCCUGCCGUGUCCUCCUAAAGUGCUGGGGUUACAGGCAUGAGCCCUGUGAUUGGCUCAGCUUCUCUUUUAACCUCUGGGGUAAGAACCCUAGCACUGCUAAAGGGGCUAGGCAUAGGUCACCACUGGUACCUGCUACCUUACUUCCCUCUCUCUAGGCUGGCUUUGCCUUUUGGGUACAGCCUGCCUGGAUGGAGUCCAGGAGGCAGCAGCUUAGGAUCUGGUGUUUGUAUGUGUGGCAGAGGUUCUGGAAAGCUCCAUAUUUGGAAUCAAGCAGUCCUGAAUUCAAAUCCUUGCUUUUGUGCUUAUUGUUUGGGGAGCUUUGGAUAAACUGCUUAAUCUCUGAGCCUCAGUUUUUCAUUUGUUCGAAUGGCACUGAUGAUACACUCCUUUACAUAAGGGUAGUCGUGAGGAUUAAAUGUAAUAAACAUGUGAAAGUGUCUGACAUGUAUUAGACUGUUAAUAAACAUUAGAUGAAUAUGAAG